AUUAAAAUCACGUGACCACGUGCUUUUUUGUAGAGCGCUCGUAUUCUGGUGUAUUGUGUAUCUGCAGUCGGUGCUCGCGGGAAUGUUAUGGAAACGGCUCUUGACAUAACCUCUAGAAUCGUGUGAUUCCGCCAUUUUUUCCGCGUGAGACGUGAGGAACAAUUGCGCGAUUUUAACUAUUUUAACGUUUCUCGUCAGAGAGCGACUACUUCUACACCUGCGGCUUUAUUUUUGAUUAUAUAGUAAUAGACAUGGCAUCCGCUUUGGAAUCCAUGGUGGUCGAUGAAAAACAACUUCCCGAGAAGCCGGUGGAUAGAGAAAAGACAUGUCCACUUUUAUUGCGAGUAUUCUGCAAUACUGGACGUCAUCAUAAUAUAAUGGAAUAUAGUAGAGGGAAUGUUCCUUCGAACGAGUUGCAGAUAUAUACAUGGAUGGAUGCAACCUUGCGAGAAAUUACAGGCUUAGUUAAGGAAGUGAAUCCAGAUGCUCGUAGCAAGGGAACGUACUUUGAUUUUUCAUUGGUGACUCCUGAAUUACGUAAUUCUGGUUAUCGCAUGCGUGAGAUUGGUGUUACGUGUUCUGGACAGAAGGGUGCAGAUGAUAACAAAACACUUGCACAAGCAAGAUUCACUAUAGGGGAUUAUCUGGAUAUAUCAAUAACACCGCCAAAUAGAAUGAUGCAACCAACAGUUAGACGUGGUGGUUUACGUCAGUAUUAAUGUAAGAACCAAUAUUUAAGUUAACUAUAAGAAUAUAUUAUAAGUAAUAAAUAAAUGUGUAUAACAUUAUUGAAUGCAUGAAAGACUUCCCAAACUUCUGUAUCCAUAAAUGAUUGAAAUAAAUAUCACGUUUUCUUUAUGUAAA